AAAUUGAAAGGUUAUUAUUGAUAAUGGCAUAUAUUGUAUAGAUCGGAAAGGUAUAUUUUUGGAUAGGGUUUGUUUCAUAUAGCAGCUGCGCUUAACAUCAAGUAAAGGCAUCGUGGGUGGACUAAUGUGUUAGCUAUCAUACAUUAUCUACUUAGUGCACGUGACCUCCUGAUUUUAUUUUGAUAAACAAACGACUGUGGAAUAGUGAGCGUUCUGCGGGAUUUUGUCUGGGAGUGCAAUUAUGGGUACCGGUACAAGCAGGGGAGGGAGAGGCAGUGCAAGAGGAGGAACAGGAGGAGGAGUGAGGAGUGACGGAAGAACUGACAGUGUCCGAGGAGGAGGAGGGCCAGGAGGGCGUUCAACCGAUGAUCUUUUUUCAGAGUGGCUUCGCAAUUGGAUAAACAGUCUCCCACCGCCAGAAGAGCUUGAGGAGGAGGAUGUUGACGAAAGUCCUGUACCAGAAGGAGGAGAAGAUGCCGCAGCAGGAGCCGGUGGAUCAGGAAUACCAACCAAUAGGGGUAAUUCUAGCGGAGAACAUCCCCCCGCACCUCGGAUAUCAUCCCUCAAGGUCACCGAUGUCGAUCUCAAUCGUAAUUCCAAUGGUUCCAUGCAUCACACCGAUGAGUACGAAAAUGACGAAUCUAUAGGCGUCAUCUUAAGACGCGGUCAGGAGUUUCAAAUCGACCUCCAUCUCAACAGGCCUUUCAAGCCAAAGAGGGAAAGGCUGUUCCUUCAGUUUACCGUUGCAAGUGUCAAGACCCCCCGGCCAAUGGAUGGCACUCUUAUCGAUUUGGACAUCGAAGGCACGUACAAAGAGGGCAGCUGGAGCGCAAAGCUGGAGUCAGCCGAAGGCAACUCCAUCAAGGUCAUGGUGAACAGCGCCCCCAAUGCCAUUGUCGGGACAUAUAAGUUCUUUGUCAAGGUGGAAAGUCGUGCGAGUCGAAUUGAGAGGUUAUUCCCUCAAGAUAAAAACAUCAUAGUUCUCUUCAACCCUUGGUGCGAAAAGGAUACAGUGUAUAUGGAAAACAGGGCCGAGCGAGAAGAAUACGUCAUGGCAGACACCGGGGCGAUUUGGAGAGGCAGUGCGUUUAGCAACCGAUCAACGGCUUGGACAUUUGGACAAUUUGACAUUGACGUCUAUCGAGUGGUCCUUGAGCUCAUGGAGGAGGAGAUACGACUUCCCCAAGACAGGGAAAGUGCGGCCAGGGUGUCAAGGUGGUUCACCAAUAUCAUCUAUGCGAAGGUCUUAUUAGGAAACUGGAGUGGCAAUUACGAGGGUGGUACGCGUCCCACUAGAUGGACAGGCAGUGUGAGGAUAAUUGAAGAGUAUGGAAACACCAAAGAACCCGUUAAAUACGGCCAAUGCUGGGUUUUCUCAGGACUCCUUACCACGUUCCUUCGCUGCGUUGGGAUACCAACCCGUAGCGUCACCAACUUUGACUCUGCCCAUGACACCGAGAGGAACAAGACGAUAGACGAGUACGUGGACAGCAAGGGGAAGUCGCUGAAGGAUGAAUUUUUCUACGGUCGGAGUGGAAACGAUGGCGAAAGGACUGGGAGGGAUUCUAUCUGGAAUUUCCACGUUUGGAACGAAUCAUGGAUGACGAGAAAAGACCUGCAUGGGCUAGACGAAGACUUUGACGGCUGGCAAGUCGUCGAUUCAACUCCACAAGAGAUGAGCGGUGGUAUAUACCAGUGCGGUCCGGCCCCAGUAAAGGCGAUAAAACGCGGAAUCGUGGACAUACCUUAUGAUUCAGGAUUUGUUUUCGCUGAGGUGAAUGCUGACGAGGCAAGAUGGCUCGUGACCCCGUACCGGACUCAUCGGCACUCAUUAAUCUACACGCUACUGUCACGUCACAGAAACACCGUGGGCAAGAAGAUUAGUACGUUGAAAGUAGGAUCCGAUCCCGAUCUUAGGUAUGCUGAGAGAAAUGACGUCACACUGGACUACAAAUAUUCAGAAGGCUCUCCCGAGGAACGCGCUGCGGUUGAAAGAGCGGUCAGCAUGGGGAUCAACCGCGGCCUUUACGACGCAGAUGAUAAACCCGAACUUGUAUCAUUGGCUAUCGAAUGCAAGGAUGACCUGUGGAUCGGAAAGUCCGCCAGUGUCCAGGUUGAAACGAAAAAUGAGUUUGAGUAUCCAAAGGAGAUUGAGCUUGAUAUAGAGAUUAGAAGUAUUCUUUACACAGGUUUGCCGAAGGACAUUAUCAAAAAAGAUGAAAUGAAAUAUAUCGUUAAUGACAAGGAAAGCAUAAGCCAGUCAAUUCAUCUCACAUACGAAGAGGAUUAUGGGGAUAAGCUUGAUGAUGAAGGAAUGUUUCAAGUCAGAGCAAUCGCGACUGUCAAGGGCAGCAAAACUCCAGUUAUCUGUAAGGAGAUUUUCAGGUUCAAGCAGCCUGACCUCGAGGUCAAAGGUGACGUCAAUGGGAAAGAGGUCAAACUGACGGUUAAGUUCAAGAAUCCUCUGAAUAAACGCCUGACUGGUUGUACAUUUACUGUCGAAGCACCAAAGCUCGUCAGACCUUUCAGUGUCAACACGGAGGAUAUUGAACCUAACGAGAUGAUCGAGAGAGAAAUCCGAUUCCCAUCGAGAUCGUCUGGACGUAAGACGGUGAUCGUCGAACUCGAUACAAACCUAAUCAAGGACGUCACUGGCUCGGUCAAAGUAGAAGUCUAGAUCUUUAAUCAACAUCAAUGAUCACGAAUGUCACUUUUAUGCUGAUUGAUGUACAGGGAGAGCCACAUUCAGUCAUUUAUUCUGGUGUUAAAAUUUUGGUGUUAGUUGAACAUAUAUUGGUGUUUUACAACACAUUAGGAUAUUACUGUGACACCCUUUGGUGUUGUUAUCAAUCUCAAGGGUGUAAAUCAACACCUCACGGUUGGUUCUCAAUAGGGACACCACAUGUCGAUUUUAACACUGGGCUUUAGAGUUGCUUUUGUUAUAAAAUGAGUUCUAGGACUCCAUAGAGCAACACUGCAAUAAAUCAAGGUAAAUUGAUAUCACCAUGGAUACAGGCGUUUGAAAUUAUGCAUUUGACACGUUUUGGAGUAUAGAUAUCACGGUAUAGAUUCGAAAGAAAAUUAACGAUAGAGAUUCAGAUAAUUCAGGCUCUUUAUAUACAGGGUAGGCAUAUAGGCCUGCGUUUUCAUGGGAUAUUCAAAUAUUUCAUUUAGUCAAAUGCUAUUCCAUCCAUCAACAUUUCGUCUAACAACCAUUUGAUCCAAUAACCAUUUGGACCAAUCAUCAUUUCGUCUUAUCACCAGUUCGUCUAUGACCAUUUUGUCUCAUAACCAGUUGGUCUUAUAUCCAUUUGAUUUUCAUUCAUUUCGCCCAAUUCACAUUUCGGCCAUUUACACCAAACAUGCCAAAUGGUAUAUGGACUAAAUGGCCAUUGGCCCAACUGGUUAUUACACGAAAUGAUGAGUAUUGAAUGAAAUGGCAAUUAAACCGAGUGGUUAGUUCACGAAUUGAUUGUAGACCAAAUGAUAGUAGACGAGUUGGUAAUUCAUCUUUUGGCAUUAGACCAAUUGAAAAUAAACCGUUUAAUUUACGUGUGCCGGGAUUUACUGAGGCAUUAAGAAUUGUUUUUUUCAGAACUUGAGGUGUGUGGCUAAAACGAUGGAUGGUCAUUGUCUUACUGUCAAUUUAUGUGAACUGUAAAUAUUUUAUGCUUAUUCUAAGUUAGGAGUUUUAUCAUGAUUUUAUUAAUUACAUUGAUGCGUGAUUGUUCCACGAAAGUUGUGUAGCACUGUCAUUGCCUGUCGAUAUUAGGAAAACGAAAAUAUCCGUCCAGUUUAAGUAGUAUGUUUUAUUUUUUUUCAGAAAGUAUGUAUCAAAGCCAAAAGGAAUUCAGAGUAAGUGUAAAAUCGACAUUUCUUCACCCUUAAUUAUCUUUUUUUUUUGUACCAAGUUCAUGGACCGUGUAUUUUAACGUCUGUUGAUGUUGAUUACUGCGAAACAUAAUAUAAACUCAUUUGCAGAAUUGCAGUGUGUUUGUAGGCCUACAAUGUAUAACGUCCGUGCGUGUGUAAACAUCAUACACGAACACUCAAAAAUAUAAAGUGCUUAUUUAUCACAAUAUAUAGCUUGUAUAUUGACUGUACUUUGGAGUGUUAAUUCGAAUUUGAAUUACUAAAUCAAGUCAGUCACGAGGUGCAGUCCCUAUACAAGCUCCCAGAGUGCUCAAUUAUUUAGCACUUCAUUGUUUCCCCCCCUGAGUAAAUGUGUAUGAUAAAUUUGAUUCCGAAAAUAUGUGCUGUACAUUAAAUUAUAAAACGUGUUUAACUG